GCCCAUCCUCUUCCUCUACAGUGCUCCUUUCGGAGCAGUUAAUUGUGCGUCCACUCUUAUCGGGGCUGGCGCGAUAAUAGAGCAUAAAGAGGCAUGCCUCGUUCAUUAAAGUGGAGUUGGGAUUUGUGAGACCGCCCCCUUUCAGGAGUCAAAAAAAAAAAAAAAGAAGAAGAAGAAGACGAGAGGAGAGCAGAAAAGAAGAAAAAAAGAUUAUUUCUCCUCGUCAGGAGAAGGUUGUAGGGGACCAUUCGCUGACGGAAAGGACCAGAAACAGCUCCAGCACUUCACCUCCACCUCCUCCACCGAGUCCCUCGCCGCUCACCGGCACCUCGCAGAGAGAACAGGCGCAGCGUCCUCACCGCCUCCAGAGCAGACACUGUCCGAUCACACAGAGGGUGGGGGGAGCGACGGAGAGAGAGAAGGAGAGAGAAAGAGAGAGAGAGAGAGAGAGAGGAGUUUUCUCUGAUAUUAUACAGACGCCUACCACGUAGCUACUGUACGUUACUUUUUUUUUUCCUCCCCUCUCUCCCGGCGCCUUCUUUUGCUAAGUUGCGCUCCUGGAUUUUAAGUGCGUCUCAGCGAACUCCGUCCCCAUCAGGCAGCGCGGCUCCGACCUUCCUGUCAAACGGCCGGGCCAGACGAGCYGGCGGACCGCUUCUUGUCUUGUCUUUUAUUUUUGUUUUGUUUUAUUUUUUCCCCUCCUUCCUUCCUCUCUCUUCAGCCAGGAGAAGAUUUCAAAGCGAAACAAAAGUACAGAUGCUGGAAUCUUUGAGCUGAUUGAAACAAAUAGAAAGCAAGAGAGAGAGAAAGAGAUAAAGGAAGAGCAGAAGAGGGAAAAGAAAGAAGAGAUAGAAGAAGAAAGAAGCAAGAGAAGAAAGGUUUGAAUUCUUGAAGAAAGAGGAGAGAAAAAAAAGAGACGGGGACGAUGGGGAGGAAAAAGAUUCAGAUCACGCGGAUUAUGGAUGAACGCAACAGACAGGUGACAUUUACAAAGCGAAAGUUUGGCCUGAUGAAGAAGGCGUACGAGCUGAGCGUGCUGUGCGACUGCGAGAUUGCCCUGAUCAUCUUCAACAGCACUAACAAGCUGUUCCAGUAUGCCAGCACAGACAUGGACAAGGUCCUCCUUAAAUACACUGAGUACAACGAGCCCCACGAGAGCAGAACCAACUCUGAUAUUGUGGAGACGUUGAGAAAGAAGGGCCUAAACGGCUGUGACAGCCCAGACCCAGAUGCAGACGACUCGGUUGGCCACAGCCCCGAGUCUGAGGAGAAGUACAGGAAAAUAAAYGAAGACAUUGAUCUGAUGAUCAGCAGACAGAGACUGUGUGCAUUGAACAAGAAGGAGAACAAGGGCRGCGAGAGCCCGGAGCUCGAGUCUGCUCUCAUCCUCACCCCACGCACUGAGGAGAAAUACAAACAGAUUAAUGAAGAGUUUGAUCACAUGAUAAAAACUCAUAAGAUACCUCAGGCUGUGCCCCCAUCAAACUAUGACAUGCCUGUGUCCAUUCCUGCUAGCAACCAGAACAAUCUAAUCUACAGUCAUCCCGGCGGGUCCCUCAGCAACCACAAUCUGUUGCCGUUAGCGCACCAUGGUCUACAGAGGAAUAGCAUGUCUCCUGGAGUGACACACAGACCCCCCAGUGCAGGUGGCCUCAUGGGCGCUGACCUCACCACUGGCGCAGGCACCAGUGCUGGUAAUGGCUAUGGAAAUCAUCGUAACUCACCUGGACUGCUAGUCUCCACCGGUGGAAUGAACAAGAACAUGCAGGCGAAGUCUCCCCCACCUAUGAACCUGGGCAUGAACAACCGCAAACCUGACCUUCGUGUGCUCAUCCCCCCUGGAGCAAAGAACAACAUGCCYUCCAUUAACCAGAGAAUAAACAGCUCUCAGUCUGCUCAGUCAUUGGCCACCCCUGUGGUAUCAGUAGCAACUCCCACUCUGCCAGGACAAGGCAUGGGCGGUUAUCCAUCUGCCAUCUCUACUUCUUACGGUACCGAGUACUCCCUGAACAGUGCAGACCUGUCCUCGUUGUCUGGCUUCAACAGUGGCAGCUCCCUGCACCUUGGCUCAAUGAGUGGGUGGCAGCAGCAGCAUCUUCAAAACAUGCAGCAUUCAGCUCUCAGCCAGCUCGGAAAUUGCUCUAGCUCUCACUUAUGUCAGGGUUCAAAUCUGUCCCUGCCCUCUGCUCAAAGCCUGCACAUCAAGUCCGAACCUGUUUCUCCUCCUAGAGAUCGCACCAGCAGCACACCCGGGGGCUACGGUGGCGGGGUGCCGCCUCCCCAGAACCCCGCRUCCCGCCAGGACUCGGGUCGCUCCCCCGUCGAUAGCCUGAGCAGUUGUAGCAGCUCCCACGAAGGCAGCGACCGCGACGAUCACAGGAACGAGUUCCACUCGCCUCUAGGACUGGCCCGGCCCACCCUGGACGAGCGGGAGAGUCCGUCCAUCAAGCGGGUGCGCCUUUCGGAAGGAUGGGCGACAUGAUGGCCCUGUCAGCACCCCACCCCCCGGCAGCAUCCCCCCCCCGAGUUGCCCGGAGCCCCCUGACAGUGCAGCAUUACGAGGCCCCCACUCCCAAGUCAGCUCCCUCCUCUUCCUCUCACUCGACGUCAUGAGUCACACACCACCCAACCCCACGGCCUCUCUCCUUUUAUCUCUUUAACACUGAAGGAAGGGAAAGGGGCAACCCUUUUCAAAAAAAUGUUUGUAAUUUCUUUUUCUUUUUUUAUUUUAUUUUAUUAUUUUUUUUGCUGAGUGUGUGUGUGUGCUUUACAUAUUGACAUUAUAUAAAGUGGGCUCUUGUUUUAGGGUUUUGGGUGGGUGGGUGUUGGUUUGGAUGGGAUCUGGGGGAAUUUUGUGGGGGGAACUAUGCAUAAAUUGUAUUGUGUGUGGUUACAAAGAUAUGCAUAUAUCUUUACACGUACUUAUGUGUACAUAUAUGCUUAUCAGCAAAUCGGAAAAGUAGUCAGGUACUCAGUCUCAUAAAAUGUACUUACAGUUUGCCUCAGCAAUGUAUCAUUAGAUAACAAAAAAAGGACAAAAUAUAAUAAAAAAAAUCAAUACCAUGAGGGCGAGUGUGUCCACUUGAGUUGGACAGGAAGUACGUGUGUACAGAAUCAGUUUCAUUGGUAUUCUCUGCAGCUCUCCUUUGCAAAAAUGUGUGUUUAACAUUAGAUGAUGUCAUGUUGCAGGUUCAACGUAUUUAUGUAAAUAACGGGUCACUGGUGUGGGGAGGUGGGGGGUGGUGCAGGAGUCAGAAGUUGCCGGACAAUUCAGCUAUUAUGCAACAUUUGAAGGAUUGUACAGGUAAACAUGUAAACCUGAUUGAAGGUGUUUGGCACCUUUGGCGAUUUUAGCACUCCCCCUUAAUGAACGGAGUGAGGACCACCCUUUGAUCCAAGAGCUCCGCAGGUGUAAUCAACAACUCUGGAUCUAGUAUUAACUACUCAGUAUUGAUAAACAAUUUAAAAAAAUGUUAAAAAUGAAAGCAAAAAAAAGAAUACAAUUGUACGAUACACUUGCUUAUAUUUUCAUAUGAAAGGAAUACAAUGCAAAGCAUUUUGUGGCUUUUUGUAGUUUCUAUAAGCCAGAAUGUGUUUUUGAUAGCUUUGCUAAUAAAAGAUGGAUAGUUUACCCUAAAGGGGAGGGGGGAAUUGACUGGGCUUUGAAGCCCCAAGCCAUGAAAAACAGACUGAGAUCCAAUGCUUUGCUGAACUGUUUUAUCUUUGUAGAGGUUUGUUUUUAAACGUGUAUUUCUAAUUAUAUAUAAUAAUGGUAAUAUUAAGAAUCUUUAAAAAAAAAUCUGUGAAAUUAACAUGCUUGUGUAUAGCUUUCUAAUAUAUAAAUAUAUAUAAUGAUUUUUUUUUUUUUUGGUUUCUUAGUGGAGUUUCUAUGUGCAGUUGCACAUGUUGUCUGGUUUGUUUCAUUUGAACUCUGAACAGUGCUGUUUAGAGGUUGUAUUUAGACUAAUGUUGAAAAACCAGCUGGGAAGCCGUGAGCAGGUUGGAGAACCAGGAGAGGUGGGCCUGAAUGCUGAAAAUGUGGAAAAUGUCACAAGACUGAAACUGGAGGUGACGCAGAAAUAAAAUGAAAUACUAAAUAAACACACUUUUGUCACAAUGUUGAGAAAAUAUGACCGACCCUCAGAGUAUGGCUACAAGUGUAUAUAUAUAUUUCUAAAUGAUCAAAUUGAAUCGUGUUGAUCAAAUGAAGCAUAUAUACUGUAUAUAUUUUUGGGGACGCUAUCCACUUUCAACCUCAGGUCUUCUCCAGUCUUUGCUUGUGUUCCAAACUGUACAAUUUUCUUUGUAAUCUCAUACAUAAAGCAAUUUUCCUCUUCCCCCCAAUUGAUAACUCACCACUAAUCAUUCGCCAGUCAGAUUUGAUUCUGUAUCGUUCUGUCACUCCUCGUGUUCUAGUCUUCAAAACACAGUUCCACAUUGCCRUCACUGACAGGUCAGCUGAAGAUGCAGAAGGUAGAAGUGAUCAUGCUGGUUUGGGAGAAGCACAAUUGUUUAUUUUUUAGAUGAAUAGUCGUUUUGAUUUUUUGAUUUUUACUCUCUCUUUAUUUAAACAUUGAAACUAGCCACAUAUUUCUCUGCCUCCCACUCCUGUAUCUGCAGUCACUUAAGUGGUAUAAUAUUUCUAUGUGCAUAAUUCAUGCAGGUUCACAUGUUGUUACUGUAUACAGUCUGUGUAGUCAAAAUGGGGCAGAGCCUCUGUAAAGGUGUUCUUUCUUUUAUUUUUUAAAACUUCAGUACAAAAAAAAAGGUUGGGGGAGAAAAAAAAAUCAAUAAAUAUGAUGUUUCAGGCAGCAAACGUGUGGAGAAACCAAAGCCAGUGGUAUUUCUGUGUUGUAAAAUCAACUUUUAUUUUCACAGUCAUUUAUGGUUUUUUGCAAGCAUUGAAACAAGAUAAUAAAAAGAACUUUGUUCAAACGUA